AUGCUUUUCAAGGUGUUCAUCCUCAUCGCCAUUAUCAGCGUGGCAUACGUAGAUGGAGAAGCGCCAUGUGAGCGCGAAAACGAAAUCAGAUGGGUGCAUGGUUGUAUGCCAAUGGAAGAAAAUAAUUGCAAUUUCCAUGGUCAAAUAAUGCUCAAGUGUGUUACUGGGGGCUGCACAUGCAAGCCGGGCUACAAAUAUAACAAGGACCGCCGUUGUGUUCCUGUUGGACCGGACUGCACAUGA